AUGGCGCUAAUCAAGGCUCUUCCGAUUGCCCUCCUGGCCAUCUUAAGCCGGGUCACAGCCCGCGACAUUUUCGUGUCCCCGACUGGCACCGGCUCCGGCACCCAGGCGGCCCCGUACGGAUCAAUACAGUCGGCCGUCACUGCUGCCGCAGCCGGCGACACCAUUUACCUCCGUCAGGGCACCUAUGCUCCUUCUGCUAACAUCCAGGUCUCUAAAAGCGUAACUGCCACGUCUCCCAUUUCCGUGCGACCGUACCAGUCGGAGAAAGUUAUCAUCGUGACUGCGUCGGGCAACUCGUGGAACUCGGGAACCUGGUCCAACAGCUCUUUCGCGAGUGUUGAUGCGUCUGCGUUGAAGGGGGCGCGGGGCUCGGACAAGAAGGUGCAGGGAAGCAGCUUUUUGAUUCCUGUGUCCGGACGGGCUAUUGGUGCUACGACUCUUGCUGAGGUCUAA